AUGGCGGAAAUGGAACUUCAGCACUUGGUUAAUGACGUGGUCGAAGAUUAUUACAAAGAGUACUUCCAUUAUCUGAUGGAAAACAAGGGGAUUCAAUACCCAACAAGCCCAGAGGAAGCAUUUAACAUCUACCAGCCAGUAAUAAACAUAGCAGUCUCAUAG